AUGCCAGUACGUCGCUUGAUUAACAUAGUUCCUAACUCUUCGAAGCUAGACCCUUUAAAAGAGGAGGACUCAACACAUCUGAAACAAAGUCAAAUUAAAACAUCCUCGAAAAAAGGUCUGGCGGUUUCAGAAAAUUUUGGACACAAAAGCGACAGCAACCUUCCAUUAUCGAAAUCCCGAUCGAGUAGUAGUACGGCUAGUAGCAUCGUAAGUUCAAAUGGGAAGAGUAUCGGCACAAGGCGUCCUAGCGCUAACCUAGGCUUUGAUAUAGGCAAUCAAGAUGCUUUGAAAAAUGUGUUGGGUUAUCAUAAUACAUGCAUGCCUACAACGAAGUACAUUAGACCAAUAUCAGAUGACUCAAUAGGUACAUCUAGCACAGAAAUAUUCUCCUCAUCGCAUUCGAACACAACAUCUGAUUCAUUAUGCACAUCAGAUGUUAGUUCAGAGGAGGGCGAAAUAAGAAGCAGUAAGUUGAAGGACAAUUCCUUCGUCAAAAGUGUAAAGGAAGCUGAAAGUAACAGCAAUAUCACACCUUCGAAGAAAAGCCGACCAGAAUCAAUACUGCAGAAAACACGAACAGCAGGUAGCGCUGAUAAGACAAUUUGCUCAAUGAGCACAAUAACUACAUGCAUUCCAUCUCGUCAAAACUCACUAACAACCCCUAAACUUUCCAGGGUGGUAGGGGUGCCUGGAUCGAAUAAUACAACUAAUAGUAUAACCGCAUCACAAUUCUCUUUCAUAAGCGAAAAUGAUUCACCCCUUAAAGAGCAUGGUGUAAGCACUGCAGCUCUCCAUGAACCGAAACUCAUGCCGAUCACAAAAACACCAUAUGCGCAUUCUAAUAGCACUUCUGCAAUAUUACCAUACAAGACAGCUCAGCUUACUCCUUCUCAACGUUAUCGCUUGCGAAAAGAGCACAAUGAUCAGACUUUGCGUAAAGCCAUAAAAAAGAGGGAAAAGUUCUAUGAAGAACAAGAUGCCAACUUAGAACUUCAAGAGGGCGAUGUUGAUGAUUCAUUAAUUUGGAACAUUCCAAUGGCUUCUUUAUCGACCAGCUCUUUCUUGACACUAUCUAAAAUUAAUGAAAAGGGGAAGUGUCUGGAUUUGACACGGGGAAAUGAAGAAAUAUUAGCCCAAGAAAACCAACAAAGGGACAAUCAACACACACCGUCUCCACUUGGUGCAGAUAGGAUUCUCAAUAAAGUUCAUUGUACAAAAAAACAGACAUUAAAUUCAAGUAACAAGUUAGAAGGAUCAUGCCUAGACUACAAAGAGCUUCCACCAACAUGCAUUCCAGGAAUAUCUCCUGUUUCUGACUCACAGUAUAUUCAGGAUACCAUGAAAAGUCUUUCUCAGGUCUACAUACAUAGCUCUGAAAAAAUAUCUAAAAAUAUUCUUUCUGGUCGCUCUAGAUCGGUACAGUGUUUACCAUUAGAAUUCAAAGAAGCUAGUAACCAAGGGAUGGAAGAUCUAAUGCUAGUCUCGAAAGAUAAAGUUAAAGCCGUAAGCCAUUUCCGUCCAAGUUGGCUGCCGCCCAAGGAUUCCAAAGAGAGAAAACUACAAGAGAAGCAAAUUUACAAGAAUAUUGACUUAGCAUCGAUGGAGGAAUUACACAGAAACAAAGAACGCGAUGAGAAAUUCAAAAGAAACGAACAGAAUAGAAACAAAUUUCAACAUUUACUAGACCGAGGCAUUAGUCGCAAUUCAUCGCUAAACGAAUUAAAGAAAGUGAUAUGGGAAACACCUUUGACAUCGACAGUACGGCUUCAAAUAUAUAGCCAACUUUUGCAAAGUGAAAGUUGCCUAAUAACAGGAUAUUUUAUAGAAUCAUUUGAGGAAAUAAUGCAGCUACUGAACAAAAUGGACUUUCCGAAAGAUAAAGAAUUUGAAAUAAGAAAACUAAUUAAACAUGACAUACAAGAGAAAAUAUUCUAUAAAGAAGGAACGAAUAAGCAAAUAAUAUCCGACUUGAUGCUAUUACUACAACUAAAAUCUAUAUCCCAACAAGGUUUAGUUACUGGUGAUGAGAUGUUAUUCUAUCAUUUUCUAACUGACCAAUCGUUUGGAACUUUGAAGGAAAGUUGGGAAAUGGUCAAUUUAAUACAGAUGACAUGCUUCAGUGAAAUUUGCAAAGAAAAAUAUGAUUCCAGAAUAUUAAAUCCUAGAGGAAUUGCUGCCCACCUCUUACGAAAAGAUGAGUUCAAGAGCGAGUUCAAUGGAAGUUGCUUGAAUAGCAAUACAUGGUGGAACAUAUUGCAAAGAAUGGAUCAUAAACUUUUUAUGUGGGUGAUGGAUGUAAUUAUCAUCCACAAUGGUCAAAAUUUUGCAAGCCAUCCCAUAAAACUUGAAACCUUUAAAGACAAAACAUGGGAAUACUAUAGAUCUAAGAAAGUCAUUAUAAAUUACAAGAUUUUAGUUUCAUUAACUGUUAACGUAUUGAUAAAUUACCAUUUUGGAUAUGAUAACCUGAAAAACUUAUCAGACUUGAGUGAUAAGAAAUUUUGUAUUCCGCUCUAUACAGAGAACAGUAUUGAAGAGGAAAACCUCAACAAUAUUUUCACAAAAUGGUGGUUACAUUAUUACCGGAAAUUACGUUAG